CGUUUUAGGGCGGGGUACCGCACCUGCGUGAGCCGAGUACGCGCCGAGGGCCAGAAACUGCCUAGCGCUCGACGCUUGCGCUUGCACGAUGGCGAUGCUGCAGCCACUGCCAGGACGCCCGUCGGGGCUUUGCUUAUUCCUGCUGCUCUUACAGGCUGGAAGGUGGCUUUGUGAGGAGACGGCAGCCCCGUGUCAACCAGGCUUCAGUCAACAGACUUACACUUUCAAUGUGCCCAGGUCUAACUUGGAAAGAUAUCGUGUGUUGGGCAAGGUAAACUUUGAGGGAUGCUCAGAAAGGACACACCAACCCUUCGCUUCGGACGACACUCGCUUCAGGGUGCGCUCGGAUGGCGUGGUGGUGGUGAAAAGGCCUGUCCACAUUCGCGAGUGGCACUUCUUCAUCCAUGCCUGGGACGGGGCUGGAAAGAAACACUCUGCCAAGGUGACCCUGCGAAGUCAUGGCCAUGGAUCCCACAAGCAGCAUCCUCACACGGAGCCCUAUUCCCUUGGUCAUGGAGAGGUGCUGACUUUCCCAGUAUCCGGCCCAGGCCUGAGGAGGCAGAAGAGAGACUGGGUCAUCCCACCCAUUGUUUGCUCUGAGAAUGAGAGAGGUCCUUUCCCCAAGCAACUGGUGCAGAUCCAAUCUAAUAAGAAUAAAGAGACGACAGUCUUCUACAGCAUCACUGGGCAGGGGGCUGACACUCCCCCGAUUGGAGUCUUCAUCAUUGAGACGGAAACUGGCUGGCUGAAGGUGACCCGCCCACUGGACAGAGAGGAUAUGGACAGAUACGUUCUUUUCUCUCAUGCUGUGUCUGUGAAUGGGCAGCCUGUGGAGGACCCCAUGGAGAUCAUCAUCAAGGUCAGCGACCAAAAUGACAACAAGCCCAUUUUCACCCAGAGCGUCUUUGAAGGAUCUGUAGCAGAAGGAGCCACCCCAGGUACCCCAGUGAUGCAAGUGUCUGCCACAGACAAAGAUGAUGCCGUGAAUACCUACAAUGGGGUCAUCUCCUACUACAUCAUCAGCCAGGAGCCCAUGCAGCCCUACAGUCAGAUGUUCACCAUCAACAAUGAAACAGGGUGGAUCAGUGUGAUCACAACAGGCCUUGACCGAGAGGAAUUCCCCCAGUACACGCUGGUCAUUGAAGCUAGAGACAUGUUAGGAGAAGGCUUAAGUACUACAGGGAAAGCAGUGAUUACUGUCACGGACACGAACGACAACCAGCCAAUAUUUGACCCACUCACGUAUGUUUCAACUGUGCCAGAGAACAAGGUGGGAUUCCAAGUUGCCAGGCUUUUGGUGAAAGACGCAGAUCAGGCAGGGACCUCAGCAUGGAAAGCCAAGUACACCAUUGUGAAAGGAAAUGAGGAAGGCAACUUUGAAGUGGCUACCGAUCCCCAAACCAAUGAUGGUCUCCUGACAACCAUUAAGGGUCUGGACUUUGAGGCGAAGGAUCUCUUCACCCUUCUGGUUACUGUGGUGAAUGAAGUUCCCUUUUCAGUGACUCUCCCAACAUCCACGGCAACAAUCACUGUCAACGUUAGGGAUGAGAAUGAAGCCCCCAUCUUUAAUCCCCCUGAAAAGUCUGUGACAAAGUCUGAAGACCUCCCUGCUGGGCAGCUGGUGACUACCUACACUGCUCAGGACCCCGACACAAAUCAAAAGCAGACAGUCAGUUAUUCUAUUGGGAGCGACCCAGCAGGGUGGCUGAAGAUUAACCCUGAAAAUGGCAUCAUAGAGACGAAAGCCCCUCUGGACAGGGAGUCUAAAUUUGUGGUAGACAACACCUACACGGCUCUCAUCUUGGCAAGUGACAAUGGGAUGCCUUCACUCACAGGAACAGGAACUCUUCUCCUGUACCUGGAGGAUGUGAAUGACAAUGGGCCAGUGCCAGACCCACGAGCCUUUGAGAUCUGCAACCGGAAACCUGAACGCAAGGAGCUGAGCAUUGUGGACAAGGAUCUUCCUCCAAACACCCAACCCUUCAAAGCAAUGCUGCUCUUGGGCUCAAGCGCCAACUGGACAGUCGAAGUAAACGGAGAUAAACUGGUCCUCCAGUUGACCAAGGAGCUGGAGCCAGGUGAAUACAGCAUUACCCUUGAGCUGCACGAUGCCGGGGAACAAUCCCAGACAACAACAGUCAAAGCCCAAGUGUGUGACUGUGAGGGGGCAGCCAAGAAUUGCGAGAAGAGGGCAUAUAUCGCAGGCGGGAUGGGGAUUCCAGCCAUUCUGGGCAUCCUUGGUGGCAUCCUUGGCUUCUUGAUCCUCCUGCUCCUGCUGCUGCUGUUUGUGAGGAGGAGGACGGCAGUGAAGGAGCCUUUGCUUCCACCAGAGGAUGACACACGAGACAACGUCUACUAUUAUGACGAAGAGGGUGGUGGAGAGGAGGAUCAGGACUAUGACAUGAGCCAGCUGCACCGUGGUCUGGAUUCCCGCCCUGAAAUCACCCGCAAUGAUGUUGUUCCGACUCUCAUGCCGGCUCCACAAUACCGCCCACGGCCUGCCAACCCUGAUGAGAUUGGCAAUUUCAUUGAUGAGAACUUGAAGGCAGCAGAUACAGACCCCACGGCACCCCCAUAUGACUCUCUGCUUGUGUUUGACUAUGAGGGCAGUGGCUCUGAAGCAGCCUCCCUGAGUUCUCUGAAUUCCUCCAAUGGUGACAGAGACCAAGAUUAUGACUAUCUGAAUGACUGGGGCAACCGUUUCAAGAAGCUGGCUGACAUGUAUGGCGGGGGCGAGGAAGAAGACUAGAUGUCACUGGGAUUAAGUAGGGUUUAGCUCUGUGUGGAAAGACAGAAAUGGAAUCGAUGUAUCAUCAACUUUUCCCGGCAGCUGACCAUUGGUCCAAUUUGCUGCUCUUUCUUGCAAGUUGCCAAAAUGCUGCAUAAAACUUGCCUUACUCCCAAUCUUAGCCCCUCUUGAGGUGCAUUCAGAAGACCACAAUUUCUUCAUGAUUCCACCCUUGUUCACCAAAGAUUAUGAUUUCUAUAUAGGCAAGAGCCUACAUUAUAUGGAAACUUCAAGGGUGUUUUUUAUCACUACCAGAGCCUAUGAGGCAAUUUGCCAAACUUACUUGAUUUAUUAAUACAGUAAUAAUAGAAUACUGUUUAAGGAAUAUUUUAGGUAUGACUUCAAGCCUAGCAGUUUUGUGAAAUGCAGCUGAAGUUAUAUGGUCUGAAAUUAUUAACUCUUUGGGAACCCUUAGUACUAAUGCACUUUAGGUGUUUCUAGCACUGUCAUUCCAAAGCACUAACCAAAGAUUUAUUCCCAGGGCUGCUGAGUGUAUCCAGCAGUUCUGUACAAGUGUAACACAAAUGUGAAAUUUGGAACUCGGGGAAGAAUCUUAGGCCUCUGGAGAAUCUUGGCUUUUUUUCAGAGGACAAUUGGCUGCAAAGAUGGAUGGUGUCUGAUUAACGUAGUGGAAGCUGAGGCAGGUUUUCUAGCAUAUGGGGAAUGAGGCAGGCUUUUGGUGCAAGGUCUGCCAGGGAUUUGAAUUUUUCCUGCAAGGUUGGGAUCUGGCCCAUGGAUCAGAAAGUUUCCCUACCCACAAUAUACAGGGUUUAUCUGUAGAUAUAUGUGGUGCACACUGCAUAAAUCAUAUUUCCUUGGUGCAGGACUUUGGCGGGUUUGUUGAGUUUAUAGGAGUGCUGGUUUUAGUGCAGUUAAAACAGCUGUGAUUAUUCCAAAUGCUUACCUUGUAAUCCUAUAUGCGUCUAUUCAUAAUCCCCUUUGAGUUGAUUGGGAUUUACUACCAGGCAAAUGUGUGUAGGAUUGCAGUCCUAGAGAGUAGCAAGAUUUAAGAGGGGGCAGAUGACAAGAAAUCCCAGAGGAGGAAGACCAAUAUUUAGGGGUCCCUGAUUCAGCUGAUACCAAGUGCCUUUGCCCUGCAGCCUUAGCACUGACCUCUUGACCAUUCUCUUGGUGACCUUUUGGAUCUCCCAUAAUAUUGCAGACAUAUGCUCAUGCUAUCUCUAACCAUGUUUAAAACCUAGUUUCAAUCCUUUAUGCCAUGGAUUGUAUCUUUUUGUGUUCUGUUGUUCAUAUACUGUAUGCCCCUUUCUGUGUGUAUAAAAUGCAGUUGAAUAAGGUGUACAUUUUCUUCUUAAGCAUUUAUCAGCCAAGAAAUCCAUUUUUAAUUUUAGGUGGACAUUCUGGUGAAGGUGCCAGUUUUUUUCCUACGAAAUGUUUUUCAGAGUUAGGUGCUUUAUAUGAUUACUGUACAACUGAUAGGGUUGUUGUUGUUUUUUAAAGUGGCUUUCUCUGGUUUUAGGUCUGUAUAUUUAGCUUACCUUUUCGAAUAUGUAAUGUUUAGAAGACAGGUGGAGGGGAACAUGCCUUAAAGCCAUUAUUUAUCCCUUUAUUUUAUGUGAUUCCUUUUUAAUAAGAUUUUAAUAAAAACAUAUUUUUUAAAAAUGG